AUGCGUUUUUCCACCAAGGCUGCUGUGAUGGCCCUCGUGCCCUUAGUCUCUGCUCAGUAUAAUCUACCGGAUGACAAGGUUCCUUACCAGGGUGGUAAUACGUUCAAGACGAACGAUUCUGAGCUUGCAAGCUACACUUUCACCUACAAGGCUCCCUUCGAGGCUGAGCAGUAUGGCGGAUACUACACCUGGGCAGUCAACAAUAACACCGUUGCCGGCUCCAACUUUACUGGUCCUCAUAUGGAACCCGGCUACAACUACUUGCCUGAUGGGUCUCUGACAAGCUAUUCUUAUUUUAUCAUCAAUGAGGGCAAUCCCAAGCCAAUCAAAGAAUCAAAGCUUUUCAAUGAGCGCCUUUCGGCGCGCAUCCAUCCGCGCGAUUUCUGCGCCAAUGGCAACAUCAACGAGGGCAAGGUCAAAAAGAUCCUUCACGUUAUCUUCGAGAAUGAGGUUUUCAGCUGGACCAUGGCGUCUCCCUACUGGCAAAUGCUUGCCACCAAGGGCAAGUCUUUGACCAACUUCCACGCCAUCAUCCACCCGUCGUUGCCCAACUAUGCUGCUGUUGUGGCCGGCGACUUCGUCGGCUUGGCAAACGAGCACUUCUACAACGUGAACACCACCACCAUCUAUGAUCUUCUCGAUGUCGCAAAUGUUUCCUAUGCCUCUUACAACGAGUGGUACAACCCUACCGAGACUCAUCGUGGCCCGAACGAUUGCAACAACUACAUUUUCAACGGCCCCUACGAUAACACUAACCCCAACUGGUCUUCCCAACUUUACCGCCGCCUGGAUGUACCAGCUCUACUUUUCAACACCUAUACCUCCAGUUACGAGCGUUGUGCUCAGCUGUUCGAUGCCAACGUCACGUUCGCUAAGCAUGUGAAUGCCCAUACUUUGCCCGAGUACUCAUACUACAUUCCUGACAUGCUCCACACUGCCCAUGACCCUGAGUCGAAUAGCGUCUACAUAGACCAGCCAACUUGCAGUGCCCUUUGGUCCAAGUCGUGGCUCGACCUGUACCUGCCUGAGCUUGAAGCCCAGGGCACUCUUGUGAUUGCUACUUUCGACGAGGCCACCUGGCAGACCGAUGAUGACACCAGCCCCAACAACCAUAAUCACAUUGUCACCAUGCUGUUUGGCGCUGGUGUUACCCCCAGUACCAAGGACGAUACCUAUAUUACUACUUACGGUCUUCUUCGCGGUGCUAUUCAGAAUUUCGGUCUGGGAUCUCUCGACCGUAACGACACCAACCCUACUAACGGCAAUCUGUACGAUCUGAUCUACUGA